CUUUUAGCCGAACUUUUGUCUCCUCUUCAGCAAUAUAUUGCUGAUACCUGGCCAGAUGGUAUAGUGAGACUUUUCAGAUCUGAGUCGCGACUUGGCUUGAUUGGAGCCCGUCUGAUGGGUGCUAGCAAAGCUUCUGGUGAUGUACUCGUUUUCCUUGAUGCCCACUGUGAGGCCACUACGCUGUGGAUAGAGCCUUUACUUUCUCGUAUUCAAGAGUCUCCCACCUCAGUUGUCUGCCCCAUUAUUCAUUCAAUAAAUGAUAAGACACUGUCGUUUAUUUAUGGUCCAAUGCGUACUGCAGAUGGUCAACUUACUUCCAACACGGGGACCUUUACAUGGAGUGGGCAUUUCAGUUGGGAGCAGCCACCAAGUUGGUUUGUUAGUUCCCGUAAUCUUACAACUGAUCCAAUAAAAUCCUUAACGAUGGCAGGAGGCCUUUUUGCCAUCAGCAGGAAGUAUUUCUUUCAUAUUGGUUCAUAUGAUAGCGCCAUGGAGAUAUGGGGAGGUGAAAACUUGGAGAUGUCCUUCAGAGUUUGGCAGUGUGGAGGCUCUAUCGAAGUCGCAGUUUGUUCUCAUGUUGGCCAUAUAUUCCGUCCUAUACAUCCCUAUGGAUUUCCAAGUAAGUAUUCAUUUCAUUCGUUUCUCUUAUCAUCUAUUUCUUAUUGUAUAUUUUUAUCUGUGUCACUGCCCCAAAUUAUUGUUACAAUCGAAACUAACAAUUUACUUCAUAAAUUGCAACUCAUCGCUGGCAAAUUUCCUUCUAGAUCACUUCAUUUAACUGCUAUGUCAGUAGACGGAGGUGACGUUUCAGAACGCAUCGAACUGCGCCAGAGGCUACAUUGCAAGAGCUUCGAUUGGUUCAUCAAGAACAUUGCCACUCAUAAAUUUAUUUUCACAAAAAACGUUACUGCAUAUGGUAAGGUAUUUCCACCUACCGCUGCUGGCUAG